AACCUCAAAGCAUCGAAAUUUUUAAUUUCUGAUUUCUGAGUCGCGUGCUACGGUAACAACGACCGGCCGUUGCUUCAGAAUUUCAACUACCGAUGAAUUUAUUUUGAUUCUGAGUAUAUAUUAUCUUUACGAACUCUGCAACUUACUUUCCAGUUUCCAGUUUUUAAAGUUUCAGUGUUUUGUAUCAAUUGUUACUUUCUUUCGAACUCCCUUGCAUCAUGUUCCGUGUUGGUUUACCAGUCACCCACUUGAUGAAACUAGCCAAAUUCUGUUCGUCCUUGGAAUUAAUCAAGUAUCCCAAGUGUUCUCAGUCAGCACUGAGUUUGGCGUGCGGACAGUGUCAAGGCUUUCGGAAAUACAGUGAUUUUAGAGCUCCAAGAAAUGAAUAUAAUCAAAGAAUCAUAGCACCUCGUGCUGGAGCUCGAAAUGAUUUCAAUCAACCUUUAACUGUUCCACGUUGGAAUAAUCGUCAGCUGACAGAAUUUAAAAAGGAUUUUUAUCAACCUCAUGAAAAUGUCUUGAGACGCUCGCAAGAAGAAAUAGAGAAAUACAGAACCGAUAAUGGCAUUUUUGUCUUUGGAGAUGUACCUGCUCCAAUCCUGAGUUUUGAAGAGGCGAAUCUUCCAGAUUAUGUGAAUGAAGUCAUUCGGUCCUCUAGAAUGGAAAAACCCACACCGAUUCAAGCUCAAGGAUGGCCAAUUGCAAUGAGUGGUCUCAACAUGGUGGGAGUUGCUCAAACAGGCUCUGGAAAAACUCUUGGGUAUAUACUUCCUGCAGCUGUACAUAUCCACAAUCAAGAGCCUCUGAAACCCGGUGAUGGACCCAUAGCGUUGGUGCUAGCCCCUACUCGAGAGCUAGCUCAACAAAUACAAGCUGUUGUGCAUCAAUUUAGAACAUCAUCAAGAAUGCGCUCAGUGUGUUUAUUUGGUGGAGUUAGCAAACUUCCGCAGAUUGGCGAGUUGAGACGUGGUGUAGAGUUGGUGAUAGCAACACCAGGAAGACUACUAGAUAUUUUGUCUCAACAAGGAACCAAUCUUGAGAGAACAACCUACUUAGUACUUGAUGAGGCAGAUCGGAUGCUUGACAUGGGUUUUGAACCUCAGAUCAGGCAGAUAAUGGGACAAAUAAGGCCGGAUCGACAGGUGUUAAUGUGGUCUGCCACGUGGCCUAAAGAAGUGCAAGAUCUUGCUGAAGAUUUUCUAGGUGAAUAUGUUCAGCUUAAUGUUGGUUCCCGAGAGCUUUGCGCUAAUCAUGACAUCACUCAAAUAGUUGAAGUCUGCCAAGAAGAGGAUAAAGAAAACAGAAUCAUAGAGCGACUGAAAGGAAUAUGCAAAGACCAAAAUACAAAGGUCAUUAUCUUUGCAGAAACCAAGAAGAGAGUCAAGUCAGUUACCGAGAUUUUACGAUAUGAAGGGUUAUUGGUAGAUGAAAUCCACGGAGAUAGAUCUCAAGUUCAAAGAGAUGUCGCUCUUAGGAGGUUUCGCGCUGGUCGCUCACAAAUUUUAGUAGCCACGGACAUUGCAGCUCGAGGGCUAGAUAUAAGCGACGUCGGGUAUGUCAUCAAUUUAGAUUUUCCAAAUGAUGUAGAAGAUUACAUCCAUCGAAUAGGUAGAACUGGACGCUCCGGUCAGAAAGGUACAUCUAUCACCUACUUCACAGAAAUGGAUGCUCCUAGGGCAAGGCAACUCAUCAAUGUUUUAAAGGAAGCCAACCAAGAAGUGAAUCCUGCUCUUUACGAACUGGCGCAACAUCGACAAGAUGCUGUCAGAAAUUCGAGAAAAAGGAAGAACAGUCCUUACCAACAACUAAGGCAUAAUUCUGCCCAAGGACAAAGAAAUCAAGGAGCCCAUUAUCUGUGAUCAUUUGAAUGCAUCAUAGAUUUAUCACUGUUUUGUCUCAGAAAUCCAUUUUUGUUCUUUGGGUGUUUUGCUUCAAGUGUAAUCUCCUGAAGCUGAAGUUGUAUCGAGGAAAGCAUCCAUGUAAAUCAGUCUUACCUAAGUUUCAAGUUUCCUCUUAACCUGGGUCAAAGAAAACGUGCAUAUUCAUGAAUGAGAAUUGUUGCAUGAAUUAUUACUCAUACAUUCAUGCUGAUGUAUUUGCUUUCUACUCUUUAUGGACUCCUUACAUAAACUUUAAUGAUUUCAAUUUGAUCAUUAGCAUUAAGACUUGGCACCAUUAAGAUACAAUCAUCAUAGAGCCAGUACUUACUGUACAAAUGUAUGUACUUUGUCAAAGUCUACAGCUAAAUUUAUACUUAAAAAAAUCUUUUUAUAGCGGCUUGUUGAAAAUUGAAAAUCAUAGGAGAAAAAAAACUACAGUAAAAAAUGGCGUAAUUCCUUUCGGAAAAUACACCAAAGUGUUGAUCAGUUUUUGAAGCAUUUUUAAGAAAGUGCGAACUGUGUAAGAUGUCAUUUGCCUAAUGAUCCCACGGAGGAUAGGGAUCAUUUUCGAUUUGGUGUUGCAAAGCAUCAAAGUGCACUGAUUUAGCAACUUACAUUUAUGUAUUUGAAUUACGACUACAUAAUGAACCCUUUUAUGUUAUCAUUAGGAUAAAAUCAGAAAAGCCGAAUUUUUUAAAAAAUGCUAUUCAAGUAAAUAAUGCUUUUGAAUCUACUUGAAAGAGUAACUCAUCAAAAUUGUUCAAACUUCUUUUUGUAAGUAUGAAUUGUCACAUUCAGUGAAACAAUGUCCUUUUUAAUUGGUCAUUACUCCUCCCCCCCUUUUUUUCCAGAUUUUUGUGCCUUCCAUCAAAAUUUCCCCAGUAAAAUCAUGAUUUCUCUUCAUCCUUGCUCCAGUCACCUAGGUUUUUUUUAACUUUUUUUGUGGCAUUGAGAUCAUGUGGAACCUUUUUGUUAGAGGGCCCCAUAUUUUUGAAGCCUUUAGAUUAAUUUCAUGUGACUCUCCUGUUCAAGAAGUCCUCGCCAAACACUCCUUAUUAUUUAAGGCUCUCUUGUUUAUGAUCUUUCCUCCCUGUAUUUGAAGCAUUCCUUGUGGGUUACUAUUUUAAUUUCAUUGUCUGGAAAAAUUAUUAAGAGUAACCAAAAUUUUCUGUCGACUAUCAAGUGUUUAAAAAUACAAGCAAAUUUUGGAUCCUA